AUGGUGACGAAGGCGAUGCUGCUGGCGCUGAAGGCUGACGCAGAUGAAAGCCUCGGCGGUUGCGGUGAGGACGUAUUGAGUCGCUCAGAUGGUCGAGGGGACCUGUCGGACACUCGUGACGCGGCUGAGAGUCAGGGUGCG